CUGCUGUCUCCUCCUGUACAUAGAGGUGCCAUUUCCUAUAUAUUCUUCAUCUUCUUUAAUUUCUUCUCCCAAAGCUCAAGAAGAAUGGAGAUGAACAUGGGAACCAAAGGUGACCGCCGCCAGUCGGCGCCGGUAAAGGGCUUGAGGCUGUUCUCCGCCGCCCAAGUGGUGUUGCGCCUGGCGGCCACCGCCGUUACGUUGGCCGCCACCUGGGCUGUUCUCACCAGCAACCAAACGGCCACCGUUUACGGAAUCCAAUUCGAAGCGCGUUACAGUUAUACGCCAAUCUUGAAGUUCUUCUUGAUCGCGAAUAUCGUGGGCUGUGGAUUCUCUUUUCUGUCUGUAUUUGUGGCUUUCGUCCUCGACAAGAUGGCUGAUAACACAAGCAACUAUUUCUCCAUCUUUGUGCUUGAUUUGAUUGUGAUGGCGUUACUUCUUUCGGGGUGUGCAGCAGCAUCGGCAAUAGGAUACGUUGGGAAAUAUGGGGAAUCACACUCUGGUUGGAUGGCCAUAUGUGACAACGUUACCAAGUUCUGUCACAAACUAACCCUUAGUUUGGUACUCUCUUACCUUGCAGUCAUCUUCUACCUAUGCCUCACAAUCCUCUCUGCAAACCGAUCCCGAAAGAUCUACGCCUGACUUGUUCAAUUGUUUUCCAUUAAAAAACAACAAAAAAUAAAUGUUAUGCCAUAAAAAUGCGGUGCCCCAUGUACAACAGUGU